AUGUUGCCCAACACGCCCAAGCUUCUCAAGGCGUAUGGGACCCGAGUGUCGGAGGUUCUUUCCAGCCCAGACAUCAACCCGCAAGGUACGCAAGAGCAUGGGCCGUUCCAGGCCUUUAUCGGUGCCGACUGCACUUCGGUGUGGGCUGCUGCCACCUGCGGACCGGCAUCCAUCGGUGUCCUCCUGUUUGCAAGCAUGCUCGCGCGAGCCUGGGACGCCAGCGAGGCCACGGCCGCCUGGGUCCAGCUUGUCCUGGAAAGGCAGAAGCAGGUGCGAGCCAACAUUGAAGAAAACAGGAUCGUCCAUCCGUACUCCCUGGCAGCUGCUGAGCAGGAAAUCGGAAGACGGGAGCUGCAGAACUGGGAUGCUAGCGCUCGCUCAUGGCUCAGGCGAGCUGAUGUCUGCAUGACGGUGAGCCAAACGCAGUUCAGGCUCGUCAUGGAUAACCUGGCCAUGCCAUACACGUCCUCGGGGACCGACUACGAGAAGAUGACGACGGCCUGGAUCAGAUCCAUGGAAGUUGUUGAGCGGCUUCUCGACAAUUUGCCCCAACAAGUAUGCGACAAGGCUGUCCUACUCGCCAUUUCUUCUUGGCACCUUUACCCGGACCUUGUCGUCUUUCAGCAAGAAGCCAGAAAGAUUCCCUUCAAGGACGCCCUGUUCCCUGCCGCUGGGAUUCUCAGCCUCGGCCUCGAAUACAAAGGUCCUUCAGACAAUGUCAUGCGCUGGUCUCUCGCACUAUCACACCUGCGCUACUACGGGGAUCCAGUUACCGUCUACAGCAAUGAGAACCAGAGUCGCGUACAAAUCCAUCAGCUGUGGCUUGUGGCUCUAGGGGCCAUAUUCCGCGAAUGGGGCGUGUCGUACGCCAAUUUUGACCGGGCGACGGGUUGGUUUCGGGACCUACAUGCCGUCUUGACGAAUCCAAGCCUUCAAGCGCGCAGGCCGGAGCUUUCGUUUAUCGUGCGGCUAUGUUCUGCAGUGGCUUCUCUCGACAAGACAAACCCAAAUGCCGACGGGGGGUUGAUUAGAUACGGCUGGAGGCGAGCCACGAAGUUUCUCGGCGGAGCCGACAAGAUGAUGCCCAGCCCCUUUUUUGGACUUUGCAACCCGCAUCUCAUGGAUGCCAUGACCAAGGCCACAGAUGUUGAUUGCGGCAUCACUUACCUUCGAGGCAUUGCCUCUCAGUUGCAGCUUCAAGACCACGAGGCAAUCAUUUCGUACACCGGAGAACUGGAAGACGGACCCGUUUAUGAAGAGUUUGCAACCGGGUUCCCCAUCGAAUGGUCCACGGGGCAUCCAUUUGAACAAGCUGCGCAUGGCAAACUGAAAACGCACGUUAGAUGGCUUCAUCUUGACCUUAAAGGGAAACAGAUGACAGAAGCUCUGCUGACACAGCUCGACCAAAAACGUCGCAACAUAGAGCAGGCAGGGGAGCUGUGCUACACCUGCCGUGAAGCCGACAUCCCGUAUGUUGUCAUGGGCGCCGCAAGACGCUACUACUGUCGCUGGAAGAAUCCCCCUGGCAUGCGUGGAGCGCGUUUCCCCGUUGAAUUUGCCCCCGUUCUAUCACUGCGAGACGAGGGAGCCUCCGGAUUCCGCCUUUGGGUGACAUCAGAGUACAUGCACUACAACAGCCCCAUGUCGAGGUGGCUCAUGUCUCUACGAGUCUUGGAGGUUGCCCAAGACGUCUACCAGCAACUGCCCGGAGCCACCGUGUCGCUGCGUAUCGUUGAGCAAGAUCUGCUCAAGGCAAAAUGGUUACCUCCAGCUUUCCAAAAGCCACUGGAAUGGGACAACCACUCAAUCUCUUUUGCCAGAGUGGCCGGGACCCCGGCCUCCGUUUACUUGGACGCAAUGACUCGUGCGGCUUCGUUUGCCUGCAUCGCCAUGUUCGAGUCGGGCCACUUGAACAUCAAUCCAGAACAGCUCAACGAAGUCAUUGCACUGUGCUCAGAAGACUCCAUUUUUGUGACUGGGCUUUUGCUGUCUGACCCGUGCGUUCAGGGCAGUCGAUCCCAUAUCCGGCACCUGGUGGGAAAUGUUGGCCAUUCAGGCAUGGUGUUGAUGGUCUCGCCUCUUGAACCUCGCACUAGGACCAGGGAGCACAAUCCUCGACUUGUCGAACAUCGGCCUUACGACAAGGCUGCCGACAAGUUUUGCGGCACCUCGCUGCAUCUCUCCUUCACGACGUGGAAGAUGCCGCUGGACUGGCAGAAUACUGGCGAAAUCGAUCAGCAAGUCUUUCUUCUCGAGUCUGUCGUUUCCGUACAAGACAAUGGAAAGUGGGUGGCCGAUAUUGAUGUCAUUGAAAUGGAAAAGUUUUGCCCAGACGUAAUUGAGAAGUUCUGCGGCGACAUGAACUGCAUGUCCAAGAUGGUCGAGGGCCUGCCAGAUCUGGUAUCCAUUGACUCGUGGGAGGAGUUCUUAGACAACCCGCCUUGCACCGGAGUGUUACGGGCAAGGAAGAAUUGGAUGGCGCGUCUGGCUGCCGCGGCCAUCUUGGUACAGCAGGGCAAGGGUCAUAGCGCAGCUAUCAUCGGAGACGAAAGCAUCUGCUGGAACUGCGUGAGUAACUUGUACAGCAAUCCUGAGCCACACCUACCCCAGAUUAUCCUGUUUUGA